AGGUCCUGGAGCGAGCUUCCCUUUCAGAGAUGCUCCAUUCUCGACGACUACCUCCUUGCCACAACAUCAUCUUCUCUGACAGAGGAGGCUCGCGAUAAUAAUCAUCCAUCACCCGCAACCUGAGAUACCCAUCACGGCCUUCGCUCUUUUUUUCCCGCCUUCUCUUCUCGGUUUGUGCAUUUUGUUUGCACCAAGAUUACUUUUUUGUGUUGCAGGAAACCACACCGAUCACAUCCAGUCACGAUUGCUUCGUUUACGCUUGUAAUUUGCACCACCCCCCCCCGCCCGAACUGAAAGACGUCCGAGAAAACGAACGAUGAGAUCGGCUUUUUCAUAAGUCAACAAAUCCAAUACUAUCUCCAACCCAACUCCCGCUCUUUGCUUCGCGAACGAAAAAAGGGGAAAUCAAAAUUACCACACAAACAUGGAAGCGGCAACGCCUCCCCCGGCCACGAGCCCGGGCCCCUCGAACGGCGUCGGCGGUACGCCCUUUGCCUCUGUCGAUGUAGCCCGGGUCAUCGAUCAUAUUGCUGUACUGCUGCAAGCUACGCUCGGCGCAACUCGACUGGAGCUUGAAUCCCCCGGCAGUUUGUUAUCUGGAACCCGGUAUCAGGAUACUUGGCAACGAUGCUCUCGAUGGGCCUUGGACACACAAGUCGCCCUUACCAUUCAAAAGGACAUUGUCGAGUUGGAGCCUAUCGAGGAGGACCUCAUCGAGGAAGAUGUUAGUGUCAUUUCUGAAGGUCAGAACAUCGAUUUGGUGAAAGAGGCACGAAAAUCCAGGAUUAACAGCGGUGCAGAUGGACCUACGCAUGUCUACAGUCUUACGUCUGAUAUGUCCUCGUCUGCAACCUCGACCACCGUCGGUUUUCUUGUAAUCCUGAAGCGUGCGCAGCCUCUGGACGCAUCCAUCCCCUUGACCUCCCAAAUCCAGAUGCUCAACCUUCCCGGCCCAGCCUACACGGCGGUGAACGCUGGUGACCAGGGCUCCAUCACUUCCCCGUACGAGGUUCUUCAACUUUAUCUUCAUAACGGUCUGGCGCCAUAUUUUGAUGCGAGCACCAAGAGCCGGCAGCAGGCGGCCAGCACUGGAAGAGGCCGCGCAGAUGCAGACGCAAAGACUGGCAUUCCUGUCACCAAGAAGCGCUGGACCGAACUCGAGCUCAGUUUGUCCCAUCUGCAGCAAAAUGUUGAGAUCCCCGAGGUUUCUCUGCCCUUCCACCCUGUUGUGCAGGCCGCACUCGACCAGGCAAGAGAAAAGCAGACGAAACCUACUAUUGAUCUGAUUCCUGCGCAAUUCCUGACAGACAGCGGUUUUCUCAACAAUCUCCAGGCCACGGUAAACAGCUGGAUCAAGUCGAUCCAAGUUAUCACUAAGAUGACGAGGGACCCGAACACAGGCCCGGCUAACCAGGAGAUCAACUUUUGGCUUUCCAUGGAAUCAGCAUUGGAAGGCAUCGAAAGCCAGCUUAGGAGCGAAGGUGUCACGCUUACCCUUGAGGUUCUCAAGCAUGCGAAACGUUUCCAGGCUACAGUCAGUUUUACCGCAGACACUGGCUUGAAAGAGGCGAUGGAAAAGGUGCAAAAGUACAAUCAGCUCAUGCGGGACUUUCCCCUUGAUGAACUGCUCUCUGCUACCACCCUCCAGAAAGUGGAAGAUUCGGUUGGCCAAAUUUUUGCUCACUUGAACAAGAAGCUUAGGAUCUGUCCCUACCCAAUUCAUCGCGCCCUUCCGCUUGUCGGGGCUAUCUCGGCCGAUUUGGACGAGGCUCUCCACCGCCUGUUGCCAGGCCUGGAGCUUGUCAAGCUCGACUACCAGGAGUUCAGCCGGGUUAUCAAGCAGGCCGAUUCCAUCUUCAGAGUCUGGGAUGACAGCAUCAAGGAAUUCACCAACGUGGCUCGUGAUGUUACACGUCGUCGAAACGAGAGGUUUAUUCCCAUCAAGAUCAACCCUAGGCACGGCGACCUGCAGGCUCGUCUUAAAUAUGUCGCCACGUUCCGUGCCAACCACGAGCAGCUGCAGCGGACUAUCGUCAAUGUUCUUGGGCCCAAGACCGAUGUGAAUGGUGUCUCAGAGGGUGCCAACGGCACGGUCGUGGUGGAGGAGAUUGGUGACGUUGACGCCGUUGAGGAGGUGAAGCAAGCCUGGGAGGGCUUGAAAGACGUCGACUUGCUUGAUGUCACUCCUGAGGGAACGGCCAAGUGGGCUCGCGCCGAGAACACAUACAAUGAGCGAACGUCCCGCGUCGAAAACUCCAUCAUCGCCCGUCUUCGCGACCGGUUGGCGACUGCGAAGAAUGCCAACGAGAUGUUCCGUGUCUUUUCCAAGUUCAACGCCCUUUUUGUGCGCCCCAAGAUUCGCGGUGCUAUCGCCGAGUAUCAGACCCAGCUUAUCGACAAUGUCAAACAGGCCAUCACCGCCUUGCACGAGCGGUUCAAGCAGCAGUAUGGUCACUCAGAGGCACACGCCAUGGCCCAGCUUCACGAUCUUCCUCCUGUUUCUGGAGCCAUCAUUUGGGCUCGGCAGAUUGAGCGGCAGCUUGACACAUACAUGAAGAAGGUGGAGGAUGUUCUCGGUGCUGAUUGGGCUAUGCAUGCCGAGGGUCAAAGACUCCAAGCCGAAGGUGAUUUGUUCCGCAAGAAGCUCGAUACUCGGCCUAUCUUCGAGGCCUGGUUGCAUGAUGUGCAGCGGAAGCAGAUCACGAUCUCGGGUCUCUUGUUCAACAUUAACAGGAUCCGCUCCGCCGGAAAUGUGCUGGAGCUCGCAGUCAAUUUCGACGCUCAAGUCAUCGCCCUCUUCAAGGAGACUAGGAACUUGGUCUGGCUCAGCUUCCCAGUUCCCCACUCAGUCAACAAUGUCGCAAAGGAGGCCAAGCGAGUGUAUCCCUAUGCUGUCAGUCUCAUGGAAAGCGUUAGGACGUUUGCGCAGACCAACCGCCAGAUCAAUGACAUGUCUGAGGUUUCGGUGCUGCUCAGCGGUUACCGCGAAGGGGUGUAUCUCUUGAUCGCCAAGGGAAUCUCUCUGAGGUGGGAAUCGUUUGUCAAUACGUACGAAGUGCAUUUUAAGAACCACGCGCAGAGUGCCAUUGACAGCAAUUACACCAAGAACGGAGAGAGCAAGCAUGUCAAGUUUGUCAAGGAUUUCGCCCUAGCAGUAUCCCUCCUCCAGACCAAGACCCUUCAGCUGGCCAACAUUCAUGGAUCGGUGGAAAAAGCGCUUGCGGAACUGGAGAAGUGCCCUUAUGAAGUCAAGGAAUUUGAGGGCCGGCUGACUGCCAUUCAGACAGCCGUUGAUACACUCAAUUUGGAGCAGUAUGUUAACCUUGGCUUCUGGGUGGAUCGCAUGAACAAGCAAAUCAAGGCCAUCCUUCUCGCCCGUCUUCAGCAUGCUGUUCAGGCUUGGAUUGAGGCCUUUGAGGACGAGUACUUGGAGGACAGGAGUGAUCGGAAGAGAACACUCGAGACUGUCAACGCCCCCAAGACUGAUGUUCCUGUCAUCAAGAAGCUCAUUCACGAGAUCACCAUGCGGAACCAAGUCAUCUAUCUGGACCCGCCUCUUGAGUUUGCCAGAGCAAGCUGGUUUUCCCAGUUGCAAGAGUGGAUCGGUGUCAUUUGCAACCUGAAGAAGAUCAAGGCCACCCGGUACCAGAUGACCAUCAGCACGACGGUAGAGGACGAAGCGCGCUUUGACGACCUGCCUAGUGAGUGCACGGAUGCUCUCUUGCGUGUGCAGACGUCAGUCGAGAAAAAGAUUCGAGAGAUUGGCGCCUAUGUCGACAAAUGGCUGCAAUUCCAGUCUUUGUGGGAUCUCCAGUCGGAGCAUGUGUAUGAUGUUCUCGGCGACCAACUGUCGAGAUGGCUUCAGCUUCUCCAAGAAAUCAGAAAGACGCGGCAGACCUUUGACACCACCGAGGUCAGCCGUUCCUUUGGCCAUAUCACCAUCGACUAUGACCAAGUUCAGACGAAGGUCAAUGCGAAGUACGACCAAUGGCAGCAUGACAUUCUCAUGAAGUUUGCCAGCCGGCUCGGCACUCGCAUGCGCGAGGUUCACGCCGAGAUUGAGAAGGCUCGUAAGGACCUCGAGGGCCAGGCUAUGGCGGCCAACUCCACGGCCGAGGCUGUACAGUUCAUCACCAUUGUCCAAACCUGCAAGCGCCAGGUGAAGCUCUGGGCGCCUGAGGUGGAGACCUUCAGGCAGGGAGAGUCAACCCUCGUGCGCCAGCGCUAUCAGUUCCCUAAUGACUGGCUGCAUGCUGAGCAAGUGGAUGGCAUGUGGGAUAUGCUCAAUGAGUUGCUCGCCCGCAAGUCCAAGAUUGUGCAAGACCAGACCGACGCGCUCCGUGCCAAGAUCAUUGCCGAGGACAAGGUGGUUAUCGACAAGAUCAACGAGGUUGCCGUUCAGUGGAACGAAGAGAAGCCUGUCUCGGGUACCAUCGCCCCCGAUGUUGCUUCUGCUACCCUCAGCACCUUUGAAACUCGUAUCACCAAGCUGCAGGAUGACUCGGCCAUGGUUGCGAAGGCCAAGGAGGCUCUCGACCUGCCCGCCACUCCUGAUACGUCUCUCAGCGUGAUUCUUGAAGAAGUUCAGGACUUCAAGUCUGUCUGGGCGUCACUCUCCACCAUCUGGAAGAACCUUAAUGAGCUGCGCGAGAUUCUGUGGAACAGCGUCCAGCCAAGAAAGAUCCGGUCCUCUAUCGACAACUUGAUCAAGAUGACCAAGGAUAUGCCUAGCAGGAUGCGCCAGUAUGCCGCUUUCGAGCACAUUCAGAACAUCCUCCGUCAGUUCAUGAAGGUCAACCCCAUGCUGGCUGAGCUCAAGUCGGAAGCUGUUCGUGACAGACACUGGAUCAAAAUCUACAAGCAGAUCAAGCCUGGCAAGCGGUACUCACCUGUCUCAAUGACGCUGGGUGACGUGUGGGACCUCAACCUUGUGGCGACCGAGGUCAUCGUCAAGGACAUCAUUAUUCAGGCGCAGGGAGAAAUGGCGCUGGAGGAGUUCUUGAAGCAAGUCCGCGAGACCUGGACUGGCUACGGACUCGAGCUCGUCAAUUACCAGAACAAGUGCCGUCUCAUCCGUGGCUGGGAUGAUUUGUUUGCUAAAUGCAGUGAGAAUCUCAAUUCGCUGCAGGCCAUGAGGCAUUCACCUUAUUACAAGGAGUUCGAGGAGGAGGCCACUGCUUGGGAGGACAAGCUGAACCGUGUGCACGUUUUGUUUGACGUCUGGAUUGACGUGCAGCGCCAGUGGGUGUACCUCGAGGGUGUGUUCACCGGCAAUGCCGAUAUCAAGCACCUGCUCCCCAUCGAGUCUUCUCGCUUCCAGAACAUCAACAGCGAGUUCUCGGCUGUGAUGAAGAAGGUGUACAAGCAGCCCAAUGUGUUGGAUGUUCUCAACAUUCCCAAUGUGCAAAAGUCUCUCGAGCGUCUGGCUGAGCUGCUCAACAAGAUUCAGAAGGCGCUUGGUGAGUACCUCGAGAAGGAGCGUGUCUCAUUCCCGCGCUUUUACUUUGUUGGUGACGAAGACUUGCUGGAGAUGAUCGGUAAUAGCAAUGACACCAUGCGCAUUGCCAAGCACUUCAAGAAGAUGUUUGCUGGUCUUAACGGUCUGACUAUGGAGGAGGAAGGUGUCAUCACUGGCUUCACAUCAAAAGAAGGAGAGGUGGUUCGUCUCAAGAAGGAGAUUAACCUUGUCAAGACGCCCAAGAUCAAUGAUUGGUUGGCCUUGUUGGAGAAUGGCAUGAAGGCUACGCUUGCUGAGCUGUUGGCUGAGGCUGUCGAGGACUUCACUCCUAUCUUCAACAACGGUGAGAUCAACCGGGAGGCGCUCAACAAGUUCAUGACGGCGUAUCCCAGUCAGAUUGUUGUGCUUGCCACUCAGGCUGUCUGGACUACUGCGGUUGAGCAGGCGCUUGCUGAGGGCGGCCAGAGUCUGCCAGCGCUCUUUGAGCGUGAGGUCCAAGUUCUUCGCCUGCUUGCUGAUACGGUCCUGGGCGAUCUGGAGGUGCUGCUGAGGAAGACAUGCGAGCAGCUUAUCACCGAGUGUGUUCACCAGCGGGAUGUCAUUGAGAGGUUAAUCAAGGUCAACGCCAGCUCCAACACACACUACCUGUGGCUUCUUCAGAUGCGGUAUGUGUACACACCUGAGGGAGACUUCUUACAGCGUCUGCACAUCAAGAUGGCCAACGCCAAGCUCAACUACGGCUUUGAGUAUCUUGGUGUUCCUGAGAGGCUUGUCCGCACUCCUCUCACGGAUAGAUGUUUCCUUACGCUCACCCAGGCUCUUUGCCAACGCUUGGGUGGCUCGCCUUAUGGUCCUGCCGGUACGGGCAAGACAGAAUCCGUCAAGGCUCUCGGUGUCCAGCUCGGUCGGUUCACCUUGGUGUUUUGCUGUGACGACACGUUUGAUUUCCAGGCCAUGGGUCGCAUCUUCCUUGGUAUCUGCCAGGUCGGCGCUUGGGGUUGUUUCGAUGAGUUCAAUCGUUUGGAGGAGAGGAUUUUGUCUGCCGUCUCUCAGCAGAUUCAGAAUAUCCAGCUUGGUCUGAAGCAAGGUGCUGAAGACGACAAGGCUCAGAUUGAACUCGUUGGUCGCCAGCUGAAGGUGAACGCCAACACGGGUAUCUUUAUCACCAUGAACCCUGGCUAUGCCGGUCGUUCCAACUUGCCAGACAACUUGAAGAAGCUGUUCAGGAGUGUUGCCAUGUCCAAGCCAGACAAGGAGCUCAUUGCCGAGGUCAUGUUGUACUCGCAGGGUUUCAGCCAGGCCAAGCAGCUGUCGAAGCACACUGUUCCAUUUUUCGAUCAGUGCUCGCAGAAGCUGUCCAAGCAAGCUCAUUACGACUUUGGUCUUCGUGCGCUCAAGAGUGUGCUUGUCAGUUCUGGCGGGCUGAAGCGUGCUCGCUUGACGCAGGAGGGAGAGCUAGGCUCGGAGGAGGUCGUUGAGCCUGAAAUUCUUGUGCAGAGUAUCCGGGAGACCAUUGCGCCCAAGCUGAUCAAAUCGGAUGUGGAGAUUAUGAUGGGCAUUGAGGAGACUUGCUUCCCUGGUGUCAAAUAUGUUCCUGCCAGCCUGGAGAAGCUUCGGGAGGCGAUUCAGCGGUUGGCUGCGGAGAGGCAGCUGGUUGUCAACGAUACUUGGAUGACCAAGGUGCUGCAGCUGUACCAGAUCCAGGGCAUUCACCACGGUGUCAUGAUGGUCGGUAGUGCUGGUUCGGGCAAGUCUUCUGCUUGGAGGCUGCUCUUGGAUGCGUUACAGCAGGUUGAGAAUGUGGAGGGUGUGUCCCAUGUCAUCGAUAGCAAGGUCAUGUCCAAGGAGGCGCUGUACGGAAACCUCGAUUCGACUACCAGAGAGUGGACCGAUGGUCUGUUCACGAGUAUCCUGCGCAAGAUUGUCGACAACCUGCGUGGUGAGGACACAAAGCGUCACUGGAUUGUGUUCGAUGGCGAUGUCGAUCCCGAGUGGGUUGAAAACUUGAACAGCGUGCUCGACGACAACAAGCUUCUCACGCUGCCCAACGGUGAGCGUCUCAACCUGCCACCCAAUGUCCGCAUCAUGUUUGAGGUGGAGAAUCUCAAGUAUGCCACCCUCGCCACUGUCAGCCGCUGCGGUAUGGUCUGGUUCAGUGAGGAUACCGUCACGACGAACAUGCUGGUCACCAACUAUAUUGAGACGCUGCGGUCUGUUGCGUUCGAGGAUCUGGAUGAGGAUGCUGUCGCUACUGGGCAGAGCUCGGCCAAAGCUCUUGCUGUUCAGGCUCAGGCAGCCGACUUGCUACAGGCCUAUCUCACGACUGAUAACUUCAUCAAUGAAGCGCUACAGCAAGCUGAAGGCUUCAAUCACAUCAUGGAGUUCACCAUUGCUCGUGUCCUUAACACCAUGUUCUCUCUGCUGAACAAGGCUGUUCGCGAUAUCAUCGAGUACAACAGUCAGCAUGUCGACUUCCCUCUGGAGCCUGAGCAGGUCGAGAAUUACAUCUCCAAGAAGCUUUUGCUGGCACUCGUCUGGGCUUUGACGGGUGAUUGCCCAUUGAAUGACCGCAAGCAGUUUGGUGACAAGGUUGCUGGUCUGGCCAGCUUCGGCUCCCCUCCUCUGGACAACACAAACUCGCUCAUCGACUUUGACGUGUCGUUGCCCAAGGCUGAAUGGACACCUUGGCAGAACCAGGUACCUACCAUCGAAGUCAACACUCACUCAGUCACGCAGACGGAUGUUGUCAUUCCCACGCUGGACACUGUUCGCCAUGAGGAUGUUCUCUACUCGUGGCUUGCUGAGCAUAAGCCUCUGUUGCUGUGCGGUCCUCCUGGUUCCGGUAAAACAAUGACGCUGUUCAGCGCUCUCCGCAAGCUUCCCAACAUGGAAGUCGUCGGCCUCAACUUUUCUAGCGCGACGACGCCUGACUUGCUGAUCAAGACGUUUGAGCAAUAUUGCGAGUACAAGAAGACGCUUAACGGGGUCAUGCUUUCGCCCACACAAAUUGGCCGCUGGCUUGUCAUCUUCUGCGACGAAAUCAACUUGCCCGCCCCCGACAAGUACGGUACUCAGCGUGCAAUUUCUUUCCUCCGUCAGCUCGUCGAACACAACGGCUUCUGGAGGACUUCGGACAAGUCCUGGGUCACCCUUGACCGCAUCCAAUUCGUCGGUGCUUGCAACCCGCCUACUGAUGCUGGCCGUACCCCCAUGGGUCCCCGUUUCCUGAGACAUGCUCCCCUUAUCAUGGUUGAUUACCCUGGCGAGGUCUCGCUCAUGCAGAUUUAUGGCACCUUCAACUCGGCGGUUCUCAAGAUCAUUCCCUCGCUCCGUGGCUAUGCCGAGCCGCUCACGCAGGCCAUGGUUAAGCUGUAUCUUGAGUCACAGCAGAGGUUCACACCCAAGAUUCAGCCCCAUUACGUCUACAGUCCUCGUGAACUCACCAGAUGGGUGCGCGGUGUGUAUGAGGCUAUUCGGCCGCUGGAGACGUUGUCAGUGGAAGGUCUCAUCCGAAUUUGGGCCCAUGAAGCGUUGCGCCUGUUCCAAGAUCGUCUGGUUGCCGAAGAGGAGCGCAAAUGGACCGAUGAUGCUGUCCGCAGAAUUGCCAUGGAGUACUUCCCCACCAUUGAUGAGCAAAAGGCGCUUGGUGGACCAAUCCUGUUCUCCAAUUGGCUCUCAAAGAACUAUGUGCCUGUUGACCGCGAGCAGCUUCGCGACUUCGUCAAAGCCAGACUCAAGACCUUUUGCGAAGAAGAGGUCGAUGUCCCCCUUAUCCUGUUCAAUGACGUCUUGGAGCACGUGCUGCGCAUUGAUCGUGUGUUCAGACAGCCGCAGGGACAUCUUAUUCUUAUUGGUGUCAGCGGUAGUGGCAAGACUACGCUGUCUAGGUUCGUGGCUUGGAUGAAUGGCUUGAAGGUGUUCCAGAUCAAGGUUCAUGGCAAGUACUCGGCGGAAGACUUUGAUGAGGAUCUGAGGGAGGUGUUGAGGAGGUGCGGCUGCAAGGGGGAGAAGAUGUGCUUCAUUAUGGACGAGUCGAAUGUGCUGGAUUCGGGUUUCCUAGAGAGGAUGAAUACUCUGUUGGCCAAUGCUGAGGUGCCGGGUCUGUUUGAGGGUGAUGAUUUGGCUGCGUUGAUGACGGCUUGCAAGGAGGGUGCUCAGCGACAAGGGCUGUUGUUGGAUUCACAGGAGGAGCUGUACAAGUGGUUCACGGGGCAGAUUGUCAAGAACUUGCACGUGGUGUUCACCAUGAACCCGCCGGAGGAUGGCUUGAGUUCCAAGGCCGCGACGUCGCCUGCGCUGUUCAACCGUUGCGUGCUCAACUGGUUCGGUGACUGGUCCGAUCAGGCUUUGUUCCAGGUCGGUCAUGAGCUCACGCACUCUGUGGACUUGGACAGGUCAAACUGGGCUGCUCCCGAUACAAUUCCUGUGGCGUACCGCAGUCUCAACCUGCCGCCGUCGCACAGAGAGGCGGUCGUCAACUCCAUGGUGUAUAUCCACUACUCGUUGCAGCGGUUCAACAGCAAGCUCCUCAAGCAGCAGGGCAAGGUCACUUUCCUUACUCCGAGACAUUUCCUGGACUUUGUGGCGCAGUAUGUCAAGCUGUACAAUGAGAAGAGAGAAGAUUUGGAGGAGCAACAGAGGCAUUUGAAUGUUGGGUUGGAGAAGCUGAGAGAUACGGUCGACAAGGUUCGGGAUUUGAGGGUCAGUCUGGCGGAGAAGAAGGCCCAGCUUGAGCAGAAGGAUGCGGAGGCCAAUGAGAAGCUGCAGAGGAUGGUUGCUGAUCAGCGUGAGGCUGAGCAGAGGAAGAAUGCUUCGUUGGAGAUUCAGGUUGCGCUUGGGAAGCAGGAGGCUGAGGUUGCUUCUCGCAAGAAGUUUGUGUUGGAGGAUUUAGCCAAGGCCGAACCGGCUGUUGAGGCGGCCAAGGCUAGUGUCGGCAACAUCAAGAAACCCCAGCUUACCGAAGUCAGGUCCAUGUCUGCGCCUCCACCUGGUGUCAGGCUGGCGCUCGAUUCAGUCUGCACAUUGAUUGGUCACAAGGUCAACGAUUGGAAGCAGAUUCAGGCUGUUGUCCGUCGUGAUGAUUUCAUCGCCAGCAUCAUCAACUUUGACAAUGAGAGGCAGAUGACCAAGGCGCUGAGGAUGAAGAUGCGGAACGAGUUCUUGGCCAACCCCGAGUUUACCUUUGAGAAGGUCAACCGUGCCUCCAAGGCUUGCGGUCCGCUUGUCCAGUGGGUUGAGGCGCAGGUGCAGUACGCCGAGAUCUUGGACCGUGUUGGGCCGCUGAGAGAGGAAGUGCGGCAGCUCGAGGAACAGGCUCUCCAGACCAAGGCUGAGGCCAAGGCGGUCGAGCAGACGAUUGAAAACCUCGAGGCUAGCAUUGCCACUUACAAGGUUGAGUAUGCGUCGUUGAUCAGCGAGACGCAGGCUAUCAAGUCGGAGAUGUCAAGGGUGCAAUUCAAGGUCGACCGCAGUGUCAAGCUGCUCGAUAGCUUGUCGAGUGAGAGGACACGCUGGGAGGAGGGCAGCAAGUCGUUCGAGACGCAGAUCAGCACAUUAGUGGGCGAUGUGUUGGUUGCUGCUGCUUUCUUGGCGUACAGCGGUCUCUAUGACCAGGUGUUCAGAAAAUCGAUGAUGGAGGAUUGGCUGCACCAGCUGCAUCUCAGUGGUAUUCAAUUCAAGCAGCAUAAUCCUGUCACGGAAUACCUCUCGACGGCCGAUGAGAGGCUCAGCUGGCAGGCCAACACGCUGCCUGUGGACGACCUGUGCACAGAAAACGCCAUCAUCUUGCAGCGCUUCAACCGGUACCCGCUCAUCAUCGACCCCUCGGGCCGUGUCACUGAGUUCUUGCAGCGCGAGUGCAAGGACCGCCGGCUUACCGUGACCAGCUUCUUGGAUGAUUCGUUCACCAAGCAGCUCGAGAGUUCUCUCCGUUUCGGUAACCCGAUCCUCAUCCAGGAUGCCGAACAUCUCGACCCUGUGCUCAAUCAUGUGCUCAAUAAGGAGUACCAAAAGACUGGUGGUCGUGUGCUGAUCCAGCUUGGAAAGCAGCAGAUCGAUUUCUCGCCUGCGUUCAAGAUUUACCUUUCCACGCGGGAUCCUUCGGCCACCUUUGCUCCUGAUAUCUGCUCGCGGACGACAUUUGUCAACUUUACUGUCACUCAAAGCAGUUUGCAAACCCAGUCUUUGGCUGAGGUGCUCAAGUCUGAGCGUCCUGAUGUUGAUGAGCGUCGUUCCAACCUCAUCAAGUUACAAGGAGAGUUCAAGGUUCAUCUUCGACAGCUUGAGAAGCGUCUGCUGCAAGCGCUCAACGAAUCUCGUGGCAAUAUACUGGAUGAUGACAAUGUCAUCGAGACACUCGAGACUCUCAAGACGGAGGCGGCCGAGAUUUCAACCAAGAUGAGCAACACCGAGGGUGUUAUGGCCGAGGUGGAGGAGAUCACGCUGCAGUACAACAUCAUUGCCAGAUCUUGCAGUGCUGUCUUUGCUGUCCUCGAGCAGCUGCACUACAUCAAUCACUUCUAUCAGUUCUCGCUGCAGUAUUUCCUGGAUAUCUUCCACUCGGUCUUGCACGGCAACCCGCACUUGGACGGGGAGCAGAAUCAUAACGUAAGGAGAGAUAUCAUUGUCAAGGAUCUCUUCGUGGCUGCCUUCAAGCGAACUGCUCUGGGUCUGUUGCAAAAAGACAGGAUCACGCUUGCCAUGCUGCUUGCUCAGGCAUCGCCCUACAAAAUGGACAAGGGCCUGUUGGAUGUUAUUCUUGAUGAAAAGGUGGAGGGUAAGGACCUCUCGACUGACAUUGGCGCCAAGGACGAGGUCUUUGCUCGGGCCAAGCGUAUCACUGCUCUCAAGGACAAGAUUGAGAAUGUGCCUGAGGCGGACUGGGACAAGUUUCUUUCUGAGGAGCUUGCUGAGAACUUCGUGCCCAAGAUCUGGGAUGACAGUGUUGCUGAGACGGAUCGCGCUCUCAUAUCGCUGCUCUUGGUCAAGCUUUUCCGUCUUGAUCGGUUCGUCCCUACUGCCGAACGGUUUGUAACAUUGGUGUUUGGCAAUGAUCUGUUUGACAUUGUCGAGGAUCUCAAGCAGACUGUCGAUCAGGUUUCUGCUACUCGCCCCAUUUCCCUUGUCUCUAGCCCUGGCUUUGACGCCUCUUACAAGGUUGACAGUCUGGUUGAGCGCAUGCGUGUCCGCUGCACCAACAUUGCCAUGGGUUCCAACGAAGGUCUGGCCAGUGCGGACAAGGCUAUCAGCAAUGCUGCCCAGACCGGCUCUUGGGUCCUCAUCAAGAACGUCCACUUGUCUCCUACUUGGCUUCAGUCACUUGAGAAGCGGAUGGAGAGCCUGAACCCGAACCCAGAGUUUAGACUGUUCCUGUCUAUGGAGUCUUCGCCAAAGAUUCCUGUUAACCUGCUGAGAGCAUCCCGAGUGUUGAUGUACGAGCAGCCUGCUGGUGUGAGGGCCAAUAUGAAGGACUCGAUGGGCUCGCUGAGCACAAGGAGCGUCAAGUCACCUGUGGAGAGAACGCGACUGUAUCUGUUGCUGUCGUUCCUGCAUGCUGUGGUGCAGGAGAGGUUGCGGUAUGCCCCCAAUCUGGGUUGGAAGGGGUUCUGGGAGUUCAACGAUGCUGAUUACGAAUGCUCCGCCUUUGUCAUUGACACUUGGAUCGACGUCGCCGCACAAAACCGCACCAACAUUGCGCCGACCAACAUUCCCUGGGACAUGAUCCGGUAUUUGAUCACAGAAACCUACGGAGGCAAGAUUGAUGACGAAGGGGACAUGAACAUGCUGCGGCAGAUCGUGUCUACUUUCUUGACCCCGGCCGCGUUUGAUAUUGGUCACAAGCUUGUCGAGGGCACGCCCGAGACGGGGAGCGAGGAGCUGGUUGUUCCCAGCGGAACGUCCCUUCAGGAGUUUAUGGGGUGGAUCCAGAGGCUGCCUGAGAGAGAGCCGCCUACGUAUUUGGGGUUGCCGGCGAAUGCAGAGAAGUUGUUGCUUGUUGGGUUGGGGAGGAGCUUGAUUGGGAAUCUGAAGAAGGUGGUGGAUUUGCUGGAUGAGGGUGAGGUUUUGAUGGAGGUUUAGGGGAGCCGAAUGGUGAAAUGGGGGUGGCUUGAAGGGGUGAGAAGGGUGUAUGAUAAUUUGUUGGGUCAAUAUUGUGUACAAGUCAAGGUUGUUGUGAGGACGUGUUGGAGUGUGAAUAGUGGUAUAGCCGUUUGACAGUGUAUCUUGUUUGUUUUGCUUGGGGAGAAUAAAUGUUUGGCGCACGUUGUUUUAUGGA